GAAAAAGUGGGUCCUCUUACUUAUGGAAAGGAAAAUAUGCAAGAUAUUUUAUGAGGAAAUUGGAUAAGAUGGUGAAUUGUAUUUUAGUGGUGGAAAUGCAUUAGAUGGAUGAAUAAUAGUAUUUGUUUAGUUUUGGUCAGCUGGGGAUGGCAUCUUGUAUCUCAAAUUCUCUAUCAUUCCAAAGAUGGAAGACAAGCCCAUAUUGCUUAUUUGGUUGGAACAUAGGAAGAAAGAGAGUUGAUGAUAAACCUCAGAUUAAUUACCAUGAUAUUGAUCUCACUUUCUCAACUUCUUUGGUUAACAAAACAUUUUUGAAAGGUAAGGAACUAAAAUGCUGCUACAGAGCAACAAUUGAUGGAUUUAGUGCAACAAAUUUUCACCAAUGUUGUGACUUUAAAGGACCAUGUGUAAUAAUAGGCUACACAAACAACUCUUUCAAGUUUGGUGCAUUUAACCCUGAAGGAUAUAGAAGCACAGAUGAUUACUAUGAAACAUUUGAUGCUUUUCUAUUUUAUUGGAUAGAAAAUAAAACUGAUCCUAUUAUUUUGCCUAAGGUUGGUGGAAGUGGUGCAGCUUUGUUUGAUUAUGCUCGCGGCGGGCCGCAAUUUGGAGCUGAUGGGCUUCUUAUUGGGCCCCCAUUAGCUCCAGUUAUGGGUGGUUUUGCUGGGCCUGAUACUAAUUCUGGUGUUGGUGAUUUAAGACAAGCUAAGUCUAGAUUGGGAUUGUCUUAUGCUAAAAGGGAAGAUGGUAAGGAGUCUAUUUUUGGUGAUGAGUCUAGGGCAACUAUUGAAGAAGUUGAAGUGUUUUGUAGCCCCAAAAUUGCAAGCUUAUACUAGAACUUCUUAGAGGAGUUGAAACAUGAGCAAUCAAAUCUUAAUCUGAUAGUCCACAUCGUAAGGUAGCAUCAAAUGUGCGGUGUUUUACGUAUGUCUGUAAAGAGACUAUGUCUCCUCCACUACAUCAAUAACCACUUGGGCAUUUCCACUCGUCUUUCAAUAGAUAGGCCAAGAAAUAUUAUGUGAUGUGUACAUUUGUACUAUAAGUAGUUUUAUCCUUCGAGUAAGGCAUGCAUGUGUGUGUGAUCGAUGAUGGUUGAGAACAAUCCUUAACAUUUCGUAUUUGGAUUUGUUGCAGCCACGAAUUUACGCAGUCAGGACAUCAGUGUUCAUUGGAUCAAGACCAUAUUGUUGUAUAUAUCGCAAUAUAUAGUACUCAUUAUAUAUCAUGCAAUAAAAGGUAGUACUACUACUCAUUAUUUAUAA